UCUUCCGUUCCUCCAUUCCCGUUUCCAUGCUACAUUGGUGAUAAUGCUUAUUGUGCUAGCCAGCCGUCAAGCUUUAGAUUUAAUUAUUUAAUUGUUGGUUGACUUUGUCAACUGGUUAGUGUUUUUGAUCUGUUUGUCCACAGAGAAACAAAAGCAUUCUCCAUUGCUUGCCUAUACAUCAUUUUCUUUCUUGUCUUGAUAACUGAUUCUGCUUCUGAAGACUUAACCAUGGUGGCGGAGCUCUUUCUUUCUGCUUUUCUCCAGGUGCUGUUUGACAGGCUGGCGUCCAGGGAGUUGCUGAAAUUUGCCUUUCAGGAGGGGGUUGGUUCGAAGCUAAAGAAAUGGAGAAAAACAUUGAAGAUGAUCGAAGCAGUACUCAAUGAUGCUGAGGAGAAGCAACUGACAGACACGGCUGUGAAAUUAUGGCUGGACGAUCUCAAAGACCUGGCUUAUGAUGUGGAGGACAUACUAGAUGAGUUUGCAACUGAUGCUUUAGGCCGCAAGUUUGUGGCGGAAGAUCAGGCUAGCACUAACACUAGUAAGGUUCGGAGCUUCAUCCGUGAUAAAAUCAAUACUUUGAGCCCAAGUGCUCUUAAGUCCAACGUUAGCAUGGGGUCAAAGAUAAAAGAUAUCACUCGCCGGAUGGAAGAUCUCUGUAAACAAAGAACUGAUCUUGGAUUGGAGAAGAUUGCAGGACGGUCGUCCUUUGCCGGACCAGAAAGACUUCCAUCAUCGACAUGUUUGCCAAUUGAACCUGCUAUUUUCGGCAGAGACGAAGAUAAAGCCGGAAUAAUAAAAAAGAUGUCAACUGCCGAAUCAAGUGAAGCCAACUUCCUAGUUAUUCCCAUUGUUGGCAUGGGAGGCCUUGGCAAAACGACCCUUGCCCGGUUUGUGUAUAAUGACAAGGCAAUGGAAGAUUUCAAGUUCGAGACAAAAGCAUGGGUUUGUGUCUCUGACGGUUUCGAUAUUUUGAGAAUCUCAAAAGCAAUUCUCGAGUCUAUAACUCUUUCACCUUGUGAUUUGAAGGAUCUAAAUCAAGUGCAGCUUCAACUAAAAAGAGCAAUAGCUGAGAAAAAGUUCUUGCUGGUUUUGGAUGAUGUUUGGAACACUAACUAUGGCUUAUGGGAAACCUUGAAAUCUCCCUUUAUGGCUGGAGCAUCUGGAAGUAAGAUCAUUGUGACCACACGCAACGAAAGUGUUGCAUCAAUGGUUGCACCCGGUGGCGAAUACAAGUUAAAUCUUCUAUCAGAUGAUAAUUGCUGGUCCAUUUUCAUGAAGCAUGCAUUUCAAGGAAGAGAUAUUGCUUUAUGUCAAAAUUUAGAGCUGAUUCGGGAGAAAGUAGUUGAAAAGUGCAAAGGUUUGCCUUUGGCAGCAAGGACUCUUGGUGGCCUUCUACGCUCAAAGAAGAGGUAUGAUGACUGGAAUGAUAUACUGAAUAGCAAAAUCUGGGAUUUACCUGAUGAAAAUGAGAUACUGCCUGUUUUGAAACUAAGCUAUCACCACCUUCCUGCACAUACCAAGACAUGUUUUGCUUAUUGUUCAAUUCUACCAAAAGGUUAUGAAUUUGAAGAAAAAGAAGUUGUCUUGUUAUGGAUGGCGGAAGGUCUUAUUCAAGAAUCAAAAGAUCACAAACAAUUGGAAGAUUUGGGCUGUGCGUAUUUUGCUGAUCUUGUUGCAAGGUCAAUUUUUCAAAAGUCAAGUGCUCAUAAUUCUAAAUUUAUAAUGCAUGACCUUGUCAGUGAAUUGGCUCAAUGGGUUUCCGGAGAAACAAGUUUUAGGAUGGAAGAUGGAAUGGGGGCAAACAAGCAAAGACAAAAUGUUGAAAGGGUACGUCAUUUUUCUUAUACUUCUAAGCCUUUUGAUGGUAUAAAGAAAUUUGAGGAUUUCCAUGAGCUUAAACAAUUAAGAACAUUCCACCCUUUUGUCUUACGUUAUAAUGAUAUCUUUGAUCAUUAUUAUAUAACAAAUGUGGUGCUCACUGAUUUGUUGUUGAAGUUCAAAAAAUUGAGAGUGUUGUCUUUAAAACGAUAUUAUAUCACGAGGAUUCCUGAUUCAAUUGGAGAAUUGAAACACUUGAGAUAUCUUAAUCUUUCUUACACAAUGAUAAAAUACUUGCCCAAAUCAACAAGUUCUCUAUUCAACCUGCAAAGUUUACUUUUACGAGAAUGUUAUUGUCUCAUGAAAUUGCCUAACAUGGAACACCUGAUCAAUCUGCGUCACCUUGACAUUGGAGGUGUAAAUCAGAUAAAAGAGAUGCCAUUAGGAAUUAAAGAGUUGAGAUGCUUGCGGACUUUGUCUAAUUUUAUUGUGAGUAAGAAUGUUGGAUCGAACUUGAAAGAUUUGAAAGAUUUAAAGUUUCUCACCGAAGAGCUUUGCAUUUCAGGAUUAAAAAAUGUAGCUAAUUCACGAGACAUUGGACAAGCCAUAUUAAGUGAUAAAAAAGGUUUAAAGGUAUUGUCUCUAGAAUGGGGGUCUCAUGUUGAAGACUCAAGAGAUGAGAUUGAAGAGGAAAGUGUACUUAACAUGCUUCAACCACAAGAAAAUAUAGAAGAGUUCACUGUUAAAGGCUACUGCGGUAAGAAAUUUCCAUCUUGGAUAGGAGAUUCAUCUUUAUCCAAAAUGGUUGUUUUACGAUUGGAGAGUUGUGUAAACUGUACAUUUUUACCUUCUCUUGGAAAAUUAAGGUCACUCAAAGAUCUCACUAUUAAAAGGAUGACAAAAAUAAUAAGUAUUGGUUUUGAGGUUUAUGGAGAGAGCUACUUGAAGCCUUUUCAGUCACUAGAGACUCUUUUUUUUGAAGAUUUGCCAGAAUGGAAGCUUUGGGAGCAAUUGAAAGAAAGUGAGGAUGCUGGAAUUUUCCCUUGCCUCCGCAAGCUUUCAAUUGUCAAAUGCCCCAAACUCACGGGAAAGUUACCUGAGAAUCUUCCUUCGUUGGAGGAACUUGUAAUUCAUGAAUGCCCUCAAUUGUUGGUGCCUUCAAGCAGAAACCUUCCAAGUCAUGCCAACUUACAAAGAGAUGCCUGCAAAGAGACAAUGGGUAGUAAUCUGAUUGACUGCAAUUCACUUAACUCUGUGACUCCAGAAAAAAAUUCAGAGUUUGGUAAUUGGAUAAAGCAAGCGUGUCAGAAAGUGGAACGACUACGUAUCAUGGAUUGUGAGAAACUCAUAUGUUUGUGGCAGAAUGAGAUUUCUCUUGAGAAGCCUCCACAAGGGUGGCAAAGCUGCAGCUCCCUCAAAACACUCCUUAUUCAAGAUUGCUCAACUCUUGUUUCAUUUCCAGAGAUUGGUUUAUUUCCCAGUCUAUGUGAACUUGAGAUUAAGAAUUGCAAUGUGCUAACAUUCUUACCAGUUGGAAUGUGGCAUGGCAAUACAAAUCUUGAAAGUUUACGGAUCCAAGGAUGUCAUUCUCUGACAUUCAUUAUAAAAGGUCAGCUACCUCCAUCUCUUAAACGACUUGCAAUAUAUAAUUGUGAGAAGUUACAGAUUUUGUUUGAUGAUACAGAGGAUAUUUCUCCUCCUUCAUCUUCAAUGAUGCAAAAUGCGUUCAUUAGCAACACCAGGACAUCUGCACUUGAGCGCUUGCUUAUUUUUAACUGUCCAUCUCUCACGGCUUUAUCAUUAAAAGGACAGUUACCUGUUUCGCUCACACUUCUUGUAAUUCAUAAAUGCUUAAAGCUAGGGUCGAUAGUAGAGAGGUUUGACAGCAACAUAUCUCUAAGAUCACUAGAAGUCAGGGGAUGUGAAAAUCUUAGUUCCUUGCCUCAGGGACUAUACAAUCUUAACCAUCUUCAUGAAAUUGAACUUGCGGCUUGUUCAAAUCUUGUUUGCUUCCCAGAAGGAGGGCUUCCCAACACUAUUUUAGAUGUUUCAAUCUUUGGAUGUAAGAAACUUAGAGAGCUUCCUGAAGGCUUUCACAAUCUGAGUUGUCUCCAAGAUUUAACAAUAAUAGAUUGUCCAAGUAUUAAAUCAUUUGCAGCAGAAGGUUUUCUUAGCAACCUAAGAUCACUAACUGUUUAUGAUAAUCUUGAAAUCUAUAAGACUUUGAAGGAGUGGGAAUUGCACAGGCUCACCUGCCUUACAAGGCUGGAAAUAGGCGGAUUUCCUGAUGUUGUAUCUUUCCCAGAAGACGAGAUGGGAAUGAUGCUGCCAACCUCUUUAAUUGAGCUAUACAUUGAAGAAUUUCCAAACUUGAAAUGCUUAUCUUUCAGGGGUUUUCAAGACUUAGCUUCUCUUGAAAAAUUGUGGAUCAGUAAUUGCCCGCAGCUUUCAUCCUUUCCGGGGGGCCUAACAUCCUCACUUCUACGAUUAUGCAUUUAUGAUUGUCCACUGCUGUUAAAACAGUUCAAAAGGGAUAAAGGACGAGAAUGGCCUAAGAUAGCUAAUAUCCCUUGCGUUGAAAUAGAUGGCAAAUUCAUCUAUGAUUCAGAGGAGGAUUGAGCUAUGUUUGAUCUCAGAUACAAAUAAUGAAUACUUGUGAUGCUUGAACUUGGUGUUACAUGGAUUCAGGUUUUUUUUGAUGAUUUUAACUUUGUUAAACAUUAUAUGUAUUCUCCUGAAGACUCUAACUAAUGACAUAGAUCAUUAAACCUGUAACUCUCGUCUCUCAGAUUUUGUCUCUGGGAAUUGAAGCUUCUAUCCUCUCUUGCGUGAUUCAAGUCAUCUCUUCUCCAUAUCCGGCUUCUCCAGCUAUUGGCGGCUCGAUGAAUGCUCGGAAAGAUCGGCUUUGGCAUACGACAUCUCCAAUUAGUCAAUUUUAUUUACUUAAUUAGAGUUGGUUUUACUUUUUCUGUCUUGUUGUUCUUGCGUUAUCAAGCACUGAUAAUCGAUUUUUAUGGUGGAGAUAUAUGGUUUUUUGGUGGCAUUAUUUUUGUGAACUAUCGUUUUUCUGUACCAUAUUAAUUUGGUGGAUUAUUGCAUGUCGAAAACUUAGUAUUGGACAUGUUGAAAGCAAUCUCUGUACCGUAUUUGAUGGACUAUUGUUUUUCUCUACUAUCAGAACAAGGGAUACAUAGGAGAACCAUAAACUUAGUAUCGGACUAUUAGUUUUCCUGUAGUGUUUGGUAUGUGUUUUUCUGUUGAGGUUGACAUGGUAAGUAGUUGUUUUGCUUUUCUUUUUGCAUA